CGGUCGUCCAUUCGCUCCGUCAAUCGUCGCAGUUGGAAUCGAAUCGCAAGUUCGAAUAUUUCUUAACGGUCAAUCAAGUGCGCAUGAAAUAUAUAUAUACACAUAUAUACAUAUAUAUAUAUAUUUCGAUACAAAAUGACGGACAAGGUAGUGCGUGUGCUUGGUGUUCAAUAAAGUAUCAAUAAAAAUAAUACAUAAAUAGAUAAUAAAUACAUAUAUAUAUGCAUAUAUCAUUAUUAUCGUACGCGAAACACACGAAACAAAAAGAGUGCAAUUGAUUUUUUUUCUAAAAAAUAAACGAAUAACUUUUAGAAAUUGAUCAAACUUGGAUAUUAAACGAACGAAUUUUACAACGACAAGAUGACGUGCGGUAUAUCGUGUGUUGAUAAGACACUAAAUAAAUCAUUUUAUCAUCUGGGCAUUUGCAUAGCCAAACAUCCGGGCUAUUUUGUGAUAAUACCAGUGCUCUUAACGCUGCUCUGCAUGACGGGCUAUCAACAAUUAAAGUACCAAAUCGAUCCCGAAUAUCUGUUUUCGCCCAUUAAUGGCGAGGGUAAGGCCGAACGUGCAAUUGUUGAGCAAUAUUUCAAAGUGAAUUAUACGCAUCGCUUCAAUGUGGGACGCAUUACGAGACCCGGUCGCUUUGGUCGUGUGAUUGUCAUACCCAAAGAUGGCGAUGAGAAUAUGUUGCGUCGCGAGGUAUUUAUGGAGCUGCGAAUAUUGGAUAAUCUCAUACAGAACGCGACGACCUUCUACGAUGGCGACCGAUUCACCUACAAGGAUAACUGUGCACGCUGGGAGAAUGAGUGCUUCGAGAAUGACAUAUUAAACUUGGAUGCGCUAAUGGAUGAUAUCGAAUCGGGUCAGCUGAAUUUAACAUUUCCAAUUAUGUUUAAUCCGGUGACUUGGGAUGCGCACGCCUUUCCCGUAUUCUUUGGGGGCACAAAACUAACCGAGGAUAACUAUAUUAUAAGUGUGCCAGCUAUCCAGCUAGUCUACUUUGUUACAGCGGACACAAAGCGUCAAGAUGCCAAGGGCGCUGAGUGGGAGGAGACCUUCUUAAGGGUUGUGGGCAAGGCGGAAACAACUGGUUUGUUUAAGCACAUUUCGGUCUCCUACUUUGCCUCACGCACCUUGGAUCAUGAGCUGGAGAAGAACACCAAGACGGUUGUGCCCUAUUUCAGUUCCACUUUUCUGCUAAUGGGUUUGUUCAGCGUCAUAACCUGCAUGAUGGGUGAUGCGGUGCGCUCUAAACCUUUUCUGGGUCUGAUGGGCAACAUCUCGGCUAUAAUGGCGACCCUGGCUGCCUUUGGUCUGGCCAUGUACUGCGGUAUUGAGUUUAUUGGCAUCAAUUUGGCGGCACCGUUUCUCAUGAUUGGCAUUGGCAUCGACGACACCUUUGUAAUGUUGGCCGGUUGGCGACGAACACCCGCCAAAAUGCCAGUACACGAACGCAUGGGUCACAUGAUGUCCGAGGCAGCUGUCUCGAUAACGAUCACAUCUGUGACAGACUUUAUAUCGUUUCUGAUUGGCAUCAUUAGUCCCUUUCGUUCGGUUAAGAUCUUUUGCACCUAUUCGGUAUUUGCAGUCUGCUUUACAUUCAUCUGGCACAUCACCUUCUUUGCCGCCUGCAUGGCCAUCUCGGGCUACAGGGAACGUAAGAAUCUUCAUGCCAUUUUCGGUUGCAAGGUGAAGCCGUUGUCGGUGGCGAUUAAGGAGAAACGUAACUUCCUCUACAAGGCGAUUAUGGCCGGUGGCAUUAAUCACAGCGAUCCGGAUAAUCCCAUCGAUAACAAGGAUCACAUGCUGAUGGCCUUCUUCAAGGACAAACUGGCGCGGGUGAUCAAUAACAAAUGGUGCAAAAUCAUUAUCAUACUGGCCUUUGCCACCUAUCUGGCUGGGGCCUGCUAUGGCGUUACCCAAAUCAAGGAGGGACUGGAGCGACGUAAAUUGUCACGUGAGGAUUCGUAUUCGGUGGAGUUUUUCGAUCGUGAGGAUGAUUAUUAUCGCGAGUUUCCCUACAGAAUGCAGGUUAUCAUUGCCGGUGUCUACAACUAUUCGGAUCCCUUGGUGCAGGAACAAAUGGAGAAUCUAACGAGCACUUUGGAGCAUACAUCGUAUGUGACCUCAUCGUUGUAUACUGAAUCCUGGUUGAGAUCAUUCCUCUCGUUCAUGGAACGCAAUAAUGAUUAUCUAAAUGAGACUAUCGAUGACGAACAAUCGUUUAUCGAUGCUGUCAAGGAACACUGGCUCUUCCCCGGCAAUCCCUUCUCCCUGGACGUGCGUCUCAACGAUGAUGACACACAGAUUAUUGCCUCGAGAUUCCUGAUACAGGCCGUCAACAUAACGGACACGAAUCAUGAGAAGGAGAUGGUGCGUGAUCUGCGCAAGAUAUGCAAGGAUUCGCCACUGAAUGCCUCCAUAUUCCAUCCCUACUUUGUGUUCUUCGAUCAAUUUGAGCUAGUGCGUCCAGUUUCGCUCCAGGCGAUGGUUAUUGGUGCGAUUAUUAUGAUGAUCAUCUCGUUUGUAUUCAUACCCAAUAUUUUGUGCUCACUUUGGGUGGCCUUCUCGGUGAUAUCCAUUGAGCUGGGCGUCGCUGGCUAUAUGGCACUGUGGGACGUCAAUCUGGACUCGAUAUCGAUGAUCAAUCUGAUCAUGUGCAUUGGCUUCUCGGUGGACUUUACCGCUCACAUUUGCUAUACGUAUAUGUCGUCGAAGAAACGCAGUCCGAAGGCUCGAGUCCGUGAGGCACUUCACUCCCUGGGCUUGCCCAUUGUACAGGGUUCCAGUUCGACAAUAUUGGGCAUUAUUGCCCUGUUGCUGGCGCAGAGCUAUAUAUUUUUGGUCUUCUUCAAGAUGGUCUUUCUGGUCAUCUUCUUUGGAGCGAUGCAUGGUUUGUUUCUGUUGCCUGUGCUGCUUUCGCUGUUUGGACCUGGUUCGUGGCUGACGUGGACGGGUCGUGAUGAUGGCUCCGAGGACGAUAUGGAUGACAGUGUGGAUGACAUGAAGAUGGCGCACGUGAUGGAGAAACCCUUUGCACAGUCCUAUUACAUGCAAUAUCCCAGCAUGGGUCUAAAUGGACCCUAUGCGUACGGCUCCAAGGGCUUCCUGGGUGCACCCUACAAGGCCUACGGCGGCGAUGAGAAGGAUCAGGGUCUGGGCACCUCCGGCGAGGACUCCUCGGAGAGCAGCUCGAGUCGGUCGCAGCGUCGCCAACAAUUGGCAGCCAACAAGGAAGCCGAGGAGGAUGAGGAGGCGGCGCAGACGCGCAGACGCUACGAGAAGGGUUGGCGUCACUCCAGCUAUCAGAAUAUUUAUGGUGUUGGUGCACAAUUUCAGCCACAGCCCGAUCUCUAUGGCCAGCAGGUAUCAGCAGCCGAGUGGCGCGAACGCUUGGAUGCCCAUGAGCAGCAUCAUCAGCAGCGAAACAGCAGCAAACAGAGGCGACACGCCCACGAGAACUACGAUCGCGAGUUGAUGCAACAGCAGCAGCAGCAGCAACAGCAACGCACACGUCGUAAUUCGCAUGGUGAUGUGAUCGAUAUCACGCCCAGUUCCUCGCUGGAUGAGCGGAUGAAGCGCCAAUAUCAAUUGGCUUUGAGCCAGGCAGCCGGCAAUAAUAGUGGUGACGACGACAGCAGCAGCUAUCGCCAUCAGCCGGAGGCGAUAGUGCCGUCGGCCAGCAGCUCGACGAAACGCUAUCAUCGGCGACGGUCAUCGGAGGAUUCGACACGAUAUCAUCAGCAUCAGCAUCAGCAGCGCUGGCCGGCGAACAUUGAGGAGCGACGCAAUCGCAAUCGCACCCAGUCGCCCAGUCAGCGACACUCGCAUUCAGAGACUGCCGUCGUUGUGCCCGCCAGCUUCGCCCCACGCUCCUCCUCCCAUCACAAUCUCUUCCAGCCGAGCGGCAAAGCGACGCAUCAGCAACAACAGCCGCCCACAUAUCAAUAUGGAGAUUACUAAAAGAUCGGCAUCCACUAACUGGAAAGUUUGCGCUUCCUGUUUUCUAAAUGCAGCACGUAAUUAAGCCUAGUUUAAAGAAAUUCCAUAAAUAAUUCCAUAUUUAUCUACACAAAAGAAAAACCACUCAUUUUUUUUACUUUUCUUAAAUUUACUGCAUUUAUGCCUUGAAAUUAAGUGUUUUCCCAUGUUUUUCUUUGAAGCCUGGCAUUAUGGCAAUUUUUCGGUCCGUCCAGCAAGUCUUUAAAAAUAUUCUAAAAAAAAAGAGUUAAAUAUUCAACGAUCUGGCAGCCCUAAAAAUGUAUAAUAUAUUAAGUUGCCUGCGGCUGACCAGAAACUCAAAUUUUGUAGUCAGCCUAAUAAUUGUUCAACUAAUUAUUAUUGCUUAGUUCAAAGUGUAAAUGCAGUAGUUAAAUGAAUUGCCUUCAUUUUCGGCUUGCCCUUUCCAGAAAGUGUUCGUAAUUUAGAAAUUUUCAUGCAAUUUUAGUCGUGUUUAGUCAUGAUUUAAGAUUUAUAAAUAUUUUAAUUCAGUUAAUAUUUCUGAAGACUCGCAAGUAUUUGGGAAUUUUCAAUUAACUUUCGUGUAACUUUUUCUCUAUUAUUGGUAUAUUUUCAGUUUCAGUUCAUUUUAUUUAUGAAUACCCCAAUUUCGACAAGCCUUUUAUUGUAUAUGCAUUUCAUUAAAAAACAAAACAAAACAAAAGCAAUCGCAAGUCAAAUAAAUUAAGUUUUCAUAUAUAAAAUAUUCAGUCAGACUUAGGGUAUCCAUUAUCGGAGUUUAUAUAUAUAUUUAAAUUAAUUUAGUUAGAGCUAAAUGUGAGAUUCGGAUGUGAAUUUUGUAAAGAGCUAGUUACAAAUACUAAUAGCUAUAAAGAAACUGAAUAAAUGAAUAUAUAUAUAUAUAUAUAUAUAAUUAAUUAUAUAUUAAGAGCUGAACACUCCGCACACAAAUUCUAGACUUAGACCAAGACUAGACUAAAGUGCGGUCGAUUUUAAGGGACACACACCAAUUUUGUAAAGUGUUAACGAUUUUUGCUAUUGAAUAAAAACAUUUUAUAUUUUCCUAGAAA